UUGGCAGAGUUUUUGCUUUCCAGGCUGCUAGUUUGAGCCUUAUCUUAUCUGCAAUGUAGAGAAAGUAACAAGCUUUAAGUUUACCUAAAAAAAAUGGAACUCCAAAAUAGAUGAAAGGUGGAAUAGCCAUAGUGAAUCCAAUUAAGUUAGCCAAACUGCUAUGCUUAGCUAAAGUCAUUCCACGAGCAUAAAUCAAUGAUUUGGAAUAGUUGUAAAACUGGCCCGAAUAGUUUCGAUAGUUCUUAAGAAGAUCAGAAAUAGCCUUAAGAGAUUUAACAUCUCCUCUGCAGAAAAUCAUUAUGUCACCUGCAAAAAGAGUGUGAGAGGGAACCAUACAAAAUUUAUUAGCUUUUGUAAGAUUAAUCUUUUGCAUGGUUGAGGAUGCAGAGGAAUUACUAAUUUAGAGGGAGUAAUUUAAAACUAUGGAAAUGGAAAUAGAAGAUAGACCGAGUCCUUCAACUCUUGCCAACUUAAUUUCAAAUGCCCUUUGAAACUCAGUUUAACCUAUGGAACUUAAUGAUUCAUAAUGAUUCGAGACUAUCAACAAUGGGUUCUUCACAGAAACAUGAAAAGUUUAUUAGUUUAUGCACCACUCUGGUGUCCAUGGCAACACCCUCACCUAUCCUUUAAUCCUCGGUUCCCAUGCCAACCACCAUUCCAUUGCACACGAUUCAAUGCUUCAUGUUCAUGUCAUUAGACUUGCCUUCGAAGCUCAUACAUUUAUUCCAUUAUUGAAUAUGCAAUAAAGGUGUUUGAUGAAAUGCCACAAAGAACUGUUGUCGUGUGGAAUACCCUCUUUUAUGGACAAGGCAUUGAGCUUCUUGAAAGAGACGCGGCUCUUGGUUUCGAACCAAGUUUGUCUACAUUUGUUUCAAUUUUAUUGGGUUAUUCUUCCAAUUUGAAUUCUUGAGUUUCUUUGGCAGGGUAUGUCAAUAUAUUGUUUUGUUGUCAAACUUGGACUUGUGUGUUUUGAGGUUUCUCUAGAUAACUCAUUGAUGGGUAUGAUUGCUAAGUUUGGACAAAUGGAUUUAGAAAAUUCAGUUUUUGACUUUUUGGAUGAAAAGUCAGUAGUUUCUUGGACAAUUAUCAUGGGGGUUAUGUGAUGUUUGGGAGUAAUAUGGAAGUGUUCAAGUUAUUUAAUCAAAUGCAGCAUCAAAACAUUGGCAUUGACUUUGUUGUGUUUCUGAAUCUUAUUUCUAUUUUCCUACAAUCGAUCUGAAGAACUCUUGUUAGAUUCAUCAGUUCACUCCGCUGUAUUCAUUUUUGGGUGUGAUGAAGAGGAUUCCAUUGGAAACAUGCGUAUAACUAUGCGUGCAAACUGUGGCAAACAUACAUCUGCUUGAAGGAUAUUUGAUACAAUAAUAGGAAAGAGUGUUCUAUCAUCGACUUCGAUGGUGUCAGGAUAUGCCUGCUCAAGCCAUCACGAGGAAGCAUCGAGUCUUUUUAGACGGAUGAUAAGGACAAAAACUAAACCAAAUGGAGCAACCCUUGCAACUAUUUUAUCAGCUUGUGCUAAUUUGGGAUCACUCAGCAUUGGACAUGAGAUCGAACAAUGCGUAUUUGGAAAUCGAUUUGAAUUUGACCAACUAGACCAAACGUCUCUUUUACACGUGAAUUCUAAAUAUGGUAGUAUUAACAAAUCAAGAGAAGCGUUUGAAAGGGUAAAAAAAUAAAGAUUUGACUCUUUGGACUUCCAAACCAAAUAAUGGCUAAUCUGUACAACUCUGUUAGUAAGUGCAAGGAGGCGAAUACUGUGCAAAACCCCAUAGAUGGUAAUGGAAUGGUUAAAGAAUGUGGCUGGAGCCAGGUUCAGGUCAGUGGUUAAUUUCAUAUUUUAGUUCUAUUUUUGUACUUGAGUAGAUUUAUAUUAAAGAGAUAUAAUACAUUUAUGCUCUUAGUCUCCAAAUACAUGUUAUUGAUAUUAGUAUUACUGACGCACUUGAUAUUCUUGAUAUUCUUGAUAUUCUUGUUUCUGAUCUAACAAAUUCAGAAGAUUUAUUGUUUGUCUGCACACUGUUAAGUCUAAAUUCAAUCUAAUUCUGUUGAGAGAACAAGUUGUAAUACAAGGUGUACAGGCCAAGCAAUUAAGAGUUACAUUUUUUUUCUUUCACUUCUGUCACGUGUUACUUGCUAAGGCUUUUCCAUCUUCUGUGAAGGUACUUAUGUUUGUUCAACUAUCAUAAUGUUUUUAUCUUAUCUUCUAUCUCUAUGAAGACUAAGCAAAAGUUAUAUAAGUUAAAGGACUAAAGCGUUGAAGGUUCCUCUGAGUAAUACUGCUUGUGCUGUCAUUAGACAACUACUAAAUUGAUGGAGGGAAAGGGUCAAGAUAAAGAGGUCAAGCUAUUGACUGUCAUAGUCUUACAAAAUAAUCAAACUAAGCGACGAAAAACUAUGCCAUUAUUAAUGUAAAACCAUGAUAUAUAUUUUUCUAUCAUGAGUCAUUCAACUAGUUCAUCAUAGCAUACAGUAAAGUUUAUAAAUAAAGAGAGAGGUAAAAGGAUCACCAAAGCAACUUUCCAUUUACAAGUAGACAGAUAUAAAUUUUGAAUUCUGAUCUAGAACACAGUCCUAGAGUUUUUCUUCUAGUUAGGGGUGUCUCCUUAGGGUUUUCGGGGUGAGUGUAUGUAGUCGAAAAUUGAAGUUGGGCAAAAAUAUUCAAUAAGUUUCAGCCUUUCAGGUUAGAUUAUAUUCUCGUUCUAUUUUGAAUUAUAAACAAAAGAAUACCUAACUGAAUGAAAGCUGCACAUAAUUAGUUUUAAUGGAAUAUAUACAACUUAAAGUUUUAGUGGAAACAAGUUGUUAGAUCAUUAUGAGUCAUGUGAUAGAAAAAAGGCCAGGCCUUUCUAUACUAAUCUUCACAAAAUUCUCAAAGAUUUUUAUGAGAUAUCUGAGCAAGUAACGUUUUUCAUCCAAACAUAUCUUCUCUCAAGUUAAUUCUAUUAAAACCCUGGAAUUUAUUUGUGUUCUUAGUUACCAUUUUUUACUUAACUCUUCUAGUUAGAAUUCUAAAAUUUCAAGGGGCCAGCACAAUAACUAUAUGUACAAUUCCUUUGCCUUGCCAUCUUCUAGUCAUUGAUGCACAACUACACUAUUUCACCUGUCUCAUUUAUUUUCCCAAAAGCUAUGCUGACAAAGUCAAGGAAAUAUGAACCAUUAAUUCCAAAUAUUUUGAUAAUUGUAUUAUUGUAGGAAGUGUGGAGUUAUAUUGUCCACAUAAUCACAUAGCUCUGUCGCAUCACUUUGACUGACUUUGUGUGUGAAGUUAAUAACAAAAUUAAGUUCAAAUUCAGCACUAGCUCAUGCCACUAGUGUUUAAAUGCAUGCUUCUUAUGUAUUACCACAUAGUUAUCAAAUCCACAGCAUAAACUUCUUUCUGCACCAAAUGAAGCCUCUUUCUUUAUUGGCACCUGUACUCUUCUACCUUCAUCUUCUUUUUCUGUUUACCUUAAAUGUAAUGUGGGUUGGUCCAAACCAAAUUGUGGCAGUAACAUUAGGAAACCAAACAGAUCAUUUGGCAUUACUCAAAUUCAAAGAAUCAAUAUCUAGUUAUCCAUAUGGAACUCUUGAAUCUUGGAAUACUUCCAUCCACUUCUGCAAGUGGCAUGGAAUCACAUGCAGCCCCAUGCAUCAAAGAGUUAUAGACUUGAACUUAGAAGGAAAUCAGUUACACGGAUCUUUAUCUCCCUAUGUUGGCAAUCUCUCUUUUCUGAUAAGUCUCAACCUUAACAACAACAGCUUCUUUGGAGAAAUACCACAGGAGUUGGGCCAGUUGCUACAAUUGCAACAACUUCGUCUUUCCCAUAACUCGUUCGCAGGUGAAAUUCCUACAAACUUGACAUAUUGCUCCAAUCUCAAAGGCUUGAUUUUGGUAGGAAACAAUUUGAUUGGAAAAAUACCGAUUGAAAUUGGCUCUUUGAAAAAGCUUCAAGCAUUCAACCUUUUGAAAAAUAAUUUAACUGGAGGAAUCCCCUCAUUCAUAGGGAAUCUUUCACGCUUAAAUUUUUUAGUAUUUGACUAUAACAACUUAGAGGGACAUAUUCCACAAGAAGUAUGUCGCCUCACAAACGUGUCAAUUUUAAGUUGGGGUAGGAACAAUUUAUCUGGUAUGAUUCCCCCUUGUGUUUACAAUAUCUCGUCACUUACUAUGCUGUUAACAGCAUUAAAUAAUAUUCAUGGUUCUCUUCCACCCAAUAUGUUCCACACCCUCCCCAAUCUCCAACAUUUUCAAAUUGGCGGGAAUCAAAUCUCUGGCACUAUUCCAACUUCAAUUAUAAAUUCAUCUUCCAUUGUAAAGAUUGAUAUGAGUCGAAAUUUUUUUGUUGGACAAGUUCCAAAUCUCGAUAGGCUAAAAGAUUUGAUUUAUUUGAAUUUGGAAUUCAACAAUUUAGGUGGAAAUUCAACUAAUGAUUUGUAUUUUUUUAAAUCUUUGACAAAUUGUAGUAAAUUGUCUCUGGUUUCUAUAUCCGAUAAUAGUUUUGGUGGCACUCUGCCAAAUGCCAUAGGCAAUUUAUCCACUGAACUCAAUAUGCUACAUCUUGGGUUUAAUGAGAUAUCAGGAAAAAUUCCUGCAGAGUUAGGAAAUCUAGUUGGUUUAAUUGCCUUGCCCAUGUCAUUCAACCACUUUGAGGGAAUUAUUCCAACUACUUUUGGGAAGUUCCAAAAGAUGCAACAAUUACAAAUGGGUGGAAACAAGCUGAUAGGAAAUAUACCACCCUUUAUCGGCAAUCUCAGUCAAUUGUAUUAUUUGGAUUUACAACUUAAUAUGUUUGAUGGAAAUAUUCCUCCAAGUAUAGUAAACUGCCAACAAUUACAAUAUCUAGAUUUUUCGCAAAAUAAGCUUAUAGGAACCAUACCUUUAGAGGUUUUUAAGCUUUCUUCUUUAUCAAUCUUGUUGAAUUUGUCACAUAACUUUUUGAGUGGAAUCUUACCGAGAGAAGUUGGCAUGCUUAAAAAUAUUGGUUCGCUGGAUGUCUCUGGGAAUCAUCUAUCUGGAGAUAUUCCUACAACAAUCGGUGAAUGCACAAGCUUAGAGUAUAUCCUUUUGCAAGCAAACUUCUUUAAUGGAACAAUACCAUCUACUUUGGCUUCUCUCAAAGGUCUUCGGUAUUUAGACCUUUCAAGAAAUCAUUUGACAGGAUCAAUUCCUGAUAUUAUGCAAAAUAUCUCAGUUUUGGAACAUAUUAAUGUUUCUUUUAACAUGUUGGAAGGCGAGGUACCAAUAGAUGGUGUCUUUAGAAACGCAAGCCAAAUAGCAAUUUUUGGAAACAAUAAGCUUUGUGGAGGAAUUUUACAGCUGCAUCUACAACCAUGCCCUAUAAAAGGUAGGAGACAGGAAAAUCACCAUAAAUUCAAGUUGAUAGUACUGAUAGUUAGUGGAGUUUGUUUUAUUCUCAUACUUUCAUUUGCUAUAACUAUCUACUUGAUGAAGAAAAGAAAUAAAAAACAAUCAUCGGAUUCAGCAUCAAUUGAUCAACUAGCUAAGGUUUCAUACCAAGACUUGCAUCGAGGAACUAAUGGUUUCUCGAAUGAAAACUUGAUCGGAUCAGGGAGUUUUGGUUCUGUGUAUAAAGGAAAUCUUGUAUCAGAAGAUAGUGUUGUUGCCGUAAAGGUCCUGAACCUUCAAAAGAAGGGAGCUCACAAGAGUUUCAUUGUUGAAUGUAAUGCACUCAAAAACAUAAGGCAUCGAAAUGUAGUCAAGAUUUUAACAUGCUGUGUUAGUACGGAUUACAAAGGUCAAGAAUUUAGAGCUCUAGUCUUUGAUUACAUGAAAAAUGGAAGCUUAGAACAAUGGCUGCAUCCCGAAAUUCUAAAUGUUGAGCAUCCACCAAAAUUGAACCUUGGUCAUAGAUUAAUCAUCAUUAUCGAUGUUGCAUCUGCAUUACAGUAUCUUCAUCAAGAAUGUGAGCAAGUAGUCAUUCAUUCUGAUCUAAAGCCAAGCAAUGUUCUUCUUGAUGAUGACAUGGUUGCUCAUGUGAGUGAUUUUGGCAUAGCAAGACUUGUCUCAGCCAUUGACGCUACCUCUCCUAAGAAUACUAGUACAGUUGGAAUAAAAGGGACAGUUGGCUAUACUCCUCCAGAGUAUGGAAUGGGUUCUAAAGUGUCCACAUGUGGUGACAUGUAUAGCUUUGGAAUCCUUCUGUUGGAAGUUCUUACCGGUAGAAGACCCACCGAUGAAACUUUUGAAAACGGUCAAAAUCUGCAUAACUUUGUUGCAAGAUCAUUUCCUGAUAAUCUUAUAGAGAUUUUGGACCCAUGUCUUGUACCUAGUUAUGGAGAAGUUGAAAUAGAAGAUGGAUAUCAUCAGAAUCUUGCUCCAAAUGUAGAGGAGGGUUUAGUUUCCCUUUUUAGGAUUGGACUUACUUGUUCAAUGGAGUCACCUAAAGAAAGAAUGAAUAUUGUUGUUGUCACUAGGGAGCUUAGCAUAAUCAAAAAGACCUUUUUUCCAGGUGUUCACUAGAAAAUUUGAGCUCUUAAAUUUCCAAGUAUUUGUGAAAAAAGAAGUUAUGCAGCAUGGUGUGCUUUUGUUAAGAAGUUAGGCCACUAUCUUAUAUAGUGUCAAGUUUAUUGAAAUACAUGUAAUCAUUUUUAGCAGAAGCAUGUUCACCAAUAACUUGGUAAGGAAACUUAUUAUGGUGGACACUGCCUUUUAUCAAAGCUCCAGAAGCAAUAAAUAAAAAUUUCAGAUAAGUUGAUUCAGUUUAUGAUAGUUU